CUAAAAGAAAAUGUUUCAAAUCUGAAAAAUAGAAAUAAGGAAAAUGAACAUUCAGAGUAAAAUUCUUCUUCUUUUUCCUCCAUCAGAGUCAAAUUCAAAUCUCAAGGAAACCUCUAAAGCCUGGAUCUUCCCUGUAUUUGAAUAACAAAAGAAUCACUGAAACCUGAAUGUUCAUCUCAGUUAGAAGCGCACACAACAAUUUCACAGACACCAGUUUCGGUGAGCUCUCUCUCUCUCUCUGUGGUUCAGCCUGUGCUUGAUUCAGUUGUAAAAUCCGUUCGAAAAUCCCUCUGAUUCUCAUUAAAGCUGCAAACUUUUAAAUUCCACUGAUGCGUUGCAACCUCUAUGUGGAAAUUGGUUGAUCUCCCUGUGUAGUUGUUCAUAUUGCUCUGUAUUUGUAUCAUGAAAUUCAUGAUCACCAUUAAUUUUUUGUUCUAAAUUUUCUCCUGGGCAUGGUUUGUUCUAUUCAUUUAUAUCCGCGUAAGCUGGAUUUUUACUAUAAUGAGCAAUUAUCCAUUUCGGUCUGGCAGUCCUAAAUCCUUCACAGCCUACCCAAGAGGUGACUUUGAUUUAGAAUCUGGAACCAUUAGAAGAACCAGAAAGCAUAGGCAUUCACCAUUGCAACCCAUCAAAAUGAUUAGGUCCAUUGGAAACCGCCUUCAGUAUUAUUGUAAGCUGCACCCACUUUUAGUUUUCACCAUCUCCUUGUCAGUUGGGGUCACAAUUCUCUUACUUUUCUCUCUAUAUGAGAGCCGGUUUGAAAUGAUGGCUAGCUAUAAAAAAUUUGACAUGGGUUCGAAUAGUUAUCCGUUGCCGAAUCUUCAGAAUCUAGUCAUGGUUGCCGGGCAUUCAGUUUAUACUAGCAGUAGCUGUGGAAAAGUUGAUAAGGAGGAUUCUUGGUUUUUGGAGUCUUAUCAGAAGAAUCCAGGUCAAGCUGCAACUUUCGUGGCGCAUAUACAAGAGGGAAUUGAAGUCGCAGCCAAAGACGAUAGAGCUUUGCUUCUGUUUAGUGGUGGAGAGACUCGAAGAGAUGCUGGUCCUCGGAGCGAGGCACAGAGUUAUUGGGCAGUUGCUGAAUCAAAAGGAUGGUUUGGCAAAGAAGAUUUGAGAUCGAGGACACUCACAGAAGAGCAUGCAAGGGACAGUUUUGAGAAUCUUCUCUUCAGUGUGUGCCGGUUCCGAGAACUUACUGGCACAUAUCCUCGUAAUAUAACUGUUGUUAGUUAUGAUUUCAAGGAGGAGAGAUUUGCACAUCUACAUCGGUCUGCAAUUGGCUUUCCAGAGUCGAGGUUCUUCUACGCCGGUACCCCAGCAAUUUCUACUGCAAAAGAAGCAGCUCGAAAAGGAGAAGCAAUUGUGCGUGCUCAAUUCCAAGAUGAUCCAUAUGGCUGUCGAGGUUCACUUUACCAUAAAAAACUAGGGCGUGAUCCGUUUCACCGGUCUAUUCCCUAUCCAAAUGGGUGUCCUGAAAUUGAAGGUCUUUUCAGAUAUUGCGGGACAGAUCCUUAUCCAGGGUCCCUUCCCUGGCCUAAGAGUUAAAUCAAUCUGAAUAUACUAUCUAUAGCCCUUGAUCUAUAAAACAGAAGGAUCCACCUAACAGUCACAAUAAUAUCUUCUUCUUUUUUUCUUUCUAAACAGUAUCUCUAAAUCAAUAUAAAGGUAUAUGAAAGAUGAAUAUUUUUCAGUGGUCUAGUGAAAUAUAUUUUUGGGCGCUAUAUGAAGUAAUGAUGGUAGAUGGCUCUUUAUAGCCUUGUAGUUCCAAGAUAUCUCAACAAGUCGAGGCAACGUUUUGGUUGGUAUUCUCUACAUUUUCAAGUUGAUGUAACAUCAAUUUUAAUCACCCUUGAAAGUUAA